AUGAACACACGUAGGACACGAAACUACAGACGCGUCUCCCAAGCCUGCGACAAUUGCAGACGAAAGAAGAUACGUUGUCCAGGCCAGAAGCCAAGAUGCUCAGCUUGCACCCGACUUGGCCAAGCUUGCUGUUACGCAGAUGGAGAGUACAGUGGACAGGCUGCAGCAGAAGUUGAGACCAGAGUGGCGAACCGCCUCACCCAGCUGGAAGAGAAGCUCGAUAGGAUCAUAAGCAGGGUAGACCCCCUGGGGACACAAGAUGGUACCCCCUGUUCAGCCCCCGGUGCAGGGUCAACCACAUUGGCCUCUUCGCCAUCGUCAGUCUACGCAUCCCCCACAUCACUACUAUCGAGAGAGACCAUCACAAGGGCAAUCGAGAUCUACUUCACACGAAUACAUCGCCAGCCACUAUGGUUGUUUGACACCGAGUCCCCACCAACGCCAGACUCCAGCGUAGAGCUCAUCUGCGUCAUCCUGGCCUUGAGCGUGACCUAUGGUGACGCCGGAUUCUCCGACACCGGCUUGAGGAGUCCAAUCUUUUAUGGGAACACCGCCCGAAGACUGGUCAUGCUUAAGGUCGCUGAAGGGACUGUUGACUUGCAGAGUGUCCAAGCUUUGUGCCUGUUGGCCUUUUUCAAUCUUAUUUCUGGCGAUAUACCUCUGGCUGGCCUCAACACCACGCUAGCAAAGAAUAUUUUGCAGUACCUGACCCUCGGGCACCAAGGUCAGAAUAACUCUUCGACCACUGACGAGCACUCGAAACUAUUUUGGAGCAUCAACCUUUUGGAUGCAUGUUACGGGCUACCAGUUCUCGCCCCCUCUUCUUCUGCGGACGCGCAAUGCCCGAACUACUCGACUAUUCAAACAUGGAAAACUUCUGUGACAUGUUCCCCUUUCCCUCAACAAUCUCGGCCUGAGGGAGAGCAGACUCUCCCCCACAUUUGGUCCCAUUCUGCGAGAAUUAGUAGUCUAUGGGGAGCGGUCAGACUCUACAUAUCGCGGUGCUUUGAAGACGCAAUUAGGGCUCCCUGGCAGCCGACCUCGGACUACUCCACACUAUGCUCAGAUCUUCUGGAAUUCGAGACGUCGUUUCCAGUCUCGCUGAGUUAUAAUAUGGUAAACUUCCCGGAACGUUCUCCCCAAGAGGUCCAAGACAACCGAGCGGACUGGCUGCCAUGGCUCAGGCUGCAAGUGACCUACCACGCCAUUCACUGCGUUCUGAAUCACCCGUUUCUGUACUCGCCCGAGUCCUCCAAGCAGAGACUUGGGUCCAACACGUUCUGGAGAGGGUCAUUUGAGAAGGCUCUCCGCCAUUGCACGUGGAUCUCCCGAUUGAUAAGGGUUGCUAACGAGAAGGGCCUCAAUCUGGCAGACCCGUUCUUUGCACAGGCAGCGGCUAUCGCUGGGACAUUACACUUGUACUGGACGCGCAGCAAUGAUGAUGCCUUGAAGAACUCGGCUACAGGCAACUUGGAGAUCUGUCAGGGACUGAUUGUCCAAAUGGCAGCACAUUGGCCGCUUUGUGUGACGAUGGUUGGUCCUUCUGCCCAGGCGUUGAAGCAAGUUUUUGGCUGA